AUGGAUUCUCAGAUUUACGAAUCAAUUCAUCCGGACUUCCAUGUUCCACCCGAUCUUUCUUUGUCUCAAUUGCUUCAGAAAUAUAACCCUGAGGAUGUACCAGAGACGAAGGUUAUUUUGGAAGGUAUAUCCCCUGGAGGCAGACAAGUUACCUAUGGCGAGCUACGUAAUGAAGCUGCGACUAUGGCCGCAUAUUUCACAACAGUUUUGGGAUUGAGCACCGGUGACACUGUCGCCAUCUAUGCCCCGAAUUCUGUCCAAUAUCCAAUUCUUGCGCAUUCAGUGAUGUGGUUUGGGGGUGUGAUCGCAGGAAUGAAUGCUUUGACAUCAGUUCAGGAUCUCGUCCAUUAUCUGAAGAUUUCUCGACCAUCGGCCGUGAUUACCAAUCACGCAUUGCGGAUGAAGAUGGAAGAAGCCGUAUCCAGAGUCAAGGAUGUGGAUUCGAUGGUUCUCGACCUCGAUGAGCUUUUCACGAAUAUGUCUCUAAAGGGCCUCCCACCAUGUGCGCCAUUUGAUCUAUCUGGAAAAGACAAUCGACAAUGCCCCGCAUCAAUCAUGUUCAGCUCUGGUACAAGUGGUAAGCCCAAAGCCGUAAUUUGGAGCCACUAUAGCAUCAUUGCGCAUGUCCUACAGCCUCGAAUCACUCUUCCCGAGCAAAACAGCUGUCUGGAAAGAGAGGUAGUGUACGCACCUUUAUGCCACAUGCUCGGAUUUAUCGGCGCAGUCUUGAAGCCCGCAUUCCUAGGCUGCUACGCUGUAAUCCUGGAACGCUUCCACUAUGAGACUUAUAUCCAAGCCUGCGCAAAAGCCCGGGUUACAAUAAUGAAAAUGAUUCCUGCCACAGCAGUGGCUAUCGCAAAAGAUCGCAGCAUUGAGCAGCAUGAUCUCAGCAAUGUAAGACAUAUAUUGUGUACGGGCGCGACACUUCAGGCGCAAAUUGUGAGGAGACUUCAGGAGAUCAUGAAGAGUUGCGCUAUUAUUCAGAGCUAUGGUCUGAGUGAAAUUGGGGUUUCAAUCUUGAAAGGAGCACGCUCAUCUGAGAAGUCUGGAAGUGUUGGAAGAUUGUUUCCAGGCAAUAAACUGCGCAUCGUGGAUGAAAAGUUGCAAGAUGUGCCAACCGGCCACGCUGGAGAGGCACUCGUUCGAGGCCCCACCCUUUUCAUGGAGUACAAAAACGAUUUGGCUAGUACACAGGAGGCAUUUCACAAGGGAUGGUUCCGAACCGGAGAUAUCCUGAGCAUGGAUUCGGACGGCUUUCUCUGGUUCCAUGAUCGUCAAAAAGAGAUGAUCAAGUAUAAAGGAAACUUGGUGGCUCCCGCCGAGCUCGAAAAUCUUCUGGCAGCUCAUGGAGACGUUCUCGAAGCGGCUGUCUGCGGCUACUUUGACGAAUCGCAACAGACUGAUAUUCCAGUGGGAUACGUCAAGCUCCGUGACUCCGUGGCCUUUAGUGACCGUGACCACUUGUUGGAAAAAAUUAAGAAAAGUGUCGACGACGUUGUAUCAUCUCCGAAGAAACUUCGAGGUGGGCUGUUCUACUUGGCAGAAUUGCCCAAAAAUGCCACGGGCAAGAUUAUGAGAGCGCACCUUCCGGCUCGUCUGGUGUCUGAUGCGAGAAAGAAGAGGGCGAGUAAAAUAUGA